GUUGAACCAAUAGACAGAAGUGAAGUUUCCAUCAAAUCAAAAUCGGGGAUCAAUCGAAAACUGAAAACGAUGCUUUUGGAGCCGAGAACCAUCGUUAAAGUACCACAACUGCGUAAUAGAAAGAAGAGAAAUCAUUGGAUUGAACCGGUGGAAUUCGCCUGAAUCAAAGGAUUGCAAUGAUGAAGCGUGAUCAGACCCGCGGAGGAAAUCUCUUUGGUGUGAUUGCUUGGUGUUUAAUAUUGUUACACUACGAAAAAGAGCUUCAACACGUAGAUGCAUUUUAUACUGUUGACUACGAAAGCCAAUCGAAAUGGCSUUCGGUUGCACCCGCUAGAUCUSAACUUUCGUCAUUAAUACGGAUAAGGCAAAGCAGGAGAACCAGAAGAAGUCUCUUAUUUUCAGGGAAAAAUGAUUCUACAAAUGACGUCAACUUGGGAUCCUCGGUUCUAUCGUCAACGCCAACUUCACCGUCCCUCAAUCCAGUCGAGGUUUGGUGCACAACACACAUGAAUGUAUGGUAUGACAAGUCGUUAUCACUUAAAUGCCCCUUUUUUCGACGGCGAACGACAGACUUUUUGGAUGGCCUGGAUAUGAUAAUGCGCUUCUUGAUCAUACGGCACAAAUCGUUGCCUUUGAUUGGACCUCCCCCGGGAUGCCGAUCUACAAUUGCUACAAGUACRAAACACAAAAACCUUGAGCUGGAGGAUUUGGUAGAAAUCAUUCGUAGUGAUUGGAAACCAGACAGACAACACAAGGGUUAUUACAUUACAGGGCGACUAAAUACAACAAUAUAUCGGGAUGAUUGCUGGUUUGAUGGUCCGGAUCCAGAUAUGCCCGUGAGGGGAGUAAGGAAGUAUCUCAACGCCGCAUCGCAGCUUUUCGACACAUCAAAGAGCACUGCGGAGCUCCUGGCAAUCGAAAUCGGGAAUGAUGCAGAGAGAAAUCAUGUACCGAAAACUAAAUCGACAAUCGUCGCUUAUUGGAAAUUACAGGGUGUCUUGCACUUGCCAUGGCAUCCUUCAUUGCCAACCUGGACAGGACGAACAGUGUACCACUUGGAUGAAGAAAACAUGAUAUACCGUCACGAAGAACAUUGGGACAUAUCCGUGCUGCAGGCAUUCACUCAAACGUUGUGGCCUGAAGUUGGAAACGUUUUGUGGGAAACGACAACACCGGAUGCGAAAUAAUUUUUUGAGGCCCAAAACAUUAUGGGUCAGUAAACAAUAUCGCCUGAAACGAACUUAUGAUGCGCUGUAAUCUGUAAAAGUAGAUAAUAACGCAACUGGUAAAAU